AUGCUGUUUAGUUUGAGUACGCCAUCAUCAAAGCUGACAUCAGCAUUUGAUGUAUUUGAGUCAUUUUUUAGUGAUCAACAACAAAAUUCUCAAUCAUCUUUCUCAACUGCGCAAUCAUUACCACCAACAUUUGUUUUUGGUGCAUCUUCCAGAUCUCAAUCACCUGUUGCAUUUUCGCAACAAGUACCAUUAUUUGGUUUUAGUUCAUCUGACAGUUCAUGA